GGUUGGAAAGAAUUUUUGGAAAGUAUGUUGAUGACAGGAAAAAAUAUUGUGAUGGCUUGCACAAAAUGGUGGAUGCAUGGUCGAAGGAUGCUGGAAAUCAAUGCGACGAGGCAGCAUUGAUAGGGAUGAUUGAAGAGGAGAAGUACAAAGAGAGUGAUAAAAGGCUCAGUUAUGAAGCAUUUCAUGGGGCGCUGCUGAUUUCACUUUACCAAGAAGAGCCAGAGUUCCAGAGGGCAUAUGAAACAAUAAAACUUGUGAUGGAUGUCGACGCUUUAGUCUCAAAAUGGCGCCAUUCCCACGUGUUGAUGGUUCAUCGGAUGCUGGGCAAGAAAACAGGAACAGGGGGUACGUCGGGAUACGACUACCUUAAAAAAACAAAUGAGGACGAUUACAGAGUAUUUAUUGAACUCUUCCACUUGUCUGCAUUUCUUAUUCCUUACGAAUACAAACCAAAGGCAGCCCUCUACAAACAAGGCGAAUAGAAGUGUCGACGUUUAAAAAUGAUGCUCCAAUAAGUGUUAAUUAAAAUAACCAUUUAGUGUCGAUGACAAUUCAAAAUUAUAUUCAGUGUAUAAAUAGACUGUACUUCAUAAAGCUUUUCCUUGAUAUUUACAGUUUGCCUAGAUAUAUGAAAGAUAUUCCAAAAAUAAUUUGAAUUGUUAAGUAUCGCAUGACUUUCGCUGAGAAAACAUGUUUGAUUUGAAUUUCAUAAUUUUUUAAGCUUCUUUUGAUGUAAAAACGUUGCAUUAUAGGUCUGAACUUUCCCAAGUUCGGUCAAGUCAGUGACGUUUUCAGACCCAUUUUUAUUAUUUUUCUGUUAACUCUAAGUGGAAAAUAACUGUAAAUUUGGAUUAUCUCCCUUUACAAAAUUGGUUUAUUUCUCAUCCCUGAUAUUUUUGUCUGCUAAAAAUUGUAUGUCAUGGUUAAUAAUACUUUUGAGAAUUUCAAACAAAUUAUUAAACGUCACAAAGGUGGGAACACACAACAAACUGUUUUACAGACUUUUUACUCAUUGAAGGAGAAUAAGAUAAGGUGUUCUAGCAUUGAAAGGAUUAUGGAAAGAAACUAGCUAAUUGACGGGUAACCGGGCUAUCAAAAUACUUAUUGCAUUAAAAUAAAUACAUUUAUCUACUAGACAUUUGAAUUUUAUGUUUUAAAUAGUCGUAGUUUACACCUUUAUCAAGAAAUCAUUUUAAAAAAUUCUGGCUCAAUAUUUGUGGAAUUAAAAAGUAUCCAAUAUCCAAGAAUUUACAUAAGUUAAUCAAAACCAUUUAUUUCUAUUGUAUAUGUAAGUGAAUACACGAAAUAAGGUCUUUACCGACAAAUGGUUUCACAGUAGUUCUGAUAAUUGAAAAUCAAAGUAUAAUGAUAUGAGGUUUAUAUAUGCAUUUUCCAGAUUUGCUAUCAUUGGAAAUUGUUGAUUGUUUUUAAAAUGAUUCUUAAUAAAAUCUUUGCUUUGUGUCAUAUUUUUGAUUGAUUUGCUGUCAUUGGAAAUUGUUGAUUGUU